AUGUCUAUAUGCCUCUUCUUUUCAAGAAAACCUCUCGCUAGGUCUCCAGGAGCUACCGACCCUCGACUUUGCUUAAUCAAAACGCUAACUUCGGUUCGAAGGAUCGGCCUAUCGUCUCAAUCACUACCCAGUAUGCUAAACGAAGAUGAAUCUGGUUUUGUGCCUGGACGUGAUAUUCGACAUGCUCUUCGCUUUUUUCAGGACUUAUCGGAUCACUGCCGGCAAACAAGUUUGAGAGCUCCAGCCGGAGCUAUUUGCCUCGACUUUGUUAAAGCUUUCGAUGUGUCUAUUGGCACGCCUUAG